AACUCAAAUUGCAAUAUUUUCUCUUUAACAUUCCCUCUGGAAAGGAAGAACCAUGUCUGGUGCUCAGUUCCACUCUCUUCUUCAUGCCACUUCAAGAUCCUCCUUGGGAAAGCCUAAUAGACCAUUCUUAAACAACACCAUUAAGAAUUAUGGGCAAGCAAGCAAUGGAAACCGUAGUCGUUUGAUGGAAGAGAGGGCACCUUCCACAGCUGAAGAGUUCCAAAGAGUUGCUGAGGAGAAGGCCAGGGAAGGGGUGGCAAGUAAGAAAGUUGAUAAGUCAUAUGAUAAUGCAGAAAAAGAGGGUAUUAUUGGUGACUCUAAGGAUGAAUCUGUCAAGAACAGGUAUAAAGAUUCUCUUAGGAGGGGCGAUUAGGAAUCUACUCUCUCAGAUUUCUAUCUAUAGUGCAGUCAAAAUGUGUAAGAUUGUGUUACUUUCAGACAGCUUCCCUUUCAAGUGUUUGUUUCUGCAGUAGAAGAAAGCUUCAAUCUUUAUUAGUGAUAUUAUGAAUCACUCUUGGCUUGUGUAUAUGUAACUAUUUGAAAUCCUGGGUUUGGAGGAUCAAACUCCAUCUUUGUUGUAGUUGAUUGUUUGGUUGAUUGAAUAUGUUAAAAUU